AUGGAGACGCAGCAAAAACAGGAUAACCUACUGAGACAAUCGGUUGUCCAUGAUAUGUUCAAUUCGACCUGGAAGAUGGAUUCUUUGGUGGAGACUCCUCUCGCGCAAGUGAAAAUGCCUGCAACAUUGUUCGUGCGGAACCCAGAAACCAAGGACUUGGAGCAGUACAAGGGACCCAUCCCCGGCGACAACAAGCCCCUUCCCAAUAUCAACGUGCUCGUUCGGAAGCCCUGGCCCGGUGCUACUGUGGAAACUUUACCGCCUACCACCCCCUCCAAAGAGGCCCUGUGCUAUAUUGUCCGCAACCACGACGUCCGAGGCAAAUUCGACGUGCAGAAGGCUAGGGCCUGCAAGGUGCCUGCCGGCCCUGCGUACGCCAAACUUGCAGGUGGCGAGACUGUCAUGUCGGAGGACGGCAAGACCAUCACUCCAGACAUGGUUCUCGGCGCUCCGAGAUUAGGCCAAGGAGUUGCUAUUAUGGAGGUUCCGUCUGCGGAUUACCUCGACGACGUGGUCAAUCGUCGAGAAUGGAAGUCCGCCACCGUCAUGGCUGAGCUGAAGGUCUUCUUCUGGAUCCUUGGACCUGGUGUUGGCGAGGACCCUAAAUUCCGAGACUUCGUUGCCCGCAUGUCCCAGAGUAAACAUCUUGUCUCUGGCACAGACUACUGCCCGAACUACCUGGCGCUGGAAAGCGCCGCCGAAUCUGCCAUUCGCUUGAACUGCCUCAACGGCGAUAGCUACUCAAUUCCCGACCACGACAAUGAAACACUUCCCCAGCGUGGAAUUGCAGGCAGCGCUUUGCCGGGAUCCAUCGAUUUGAAGAAUCUUCCCUUCGAGCCGGUUAAGCCUGGUCUGAUUAUCGAUAUGGAACCUACCUUCAAACUGAAUACUUCGGAGAUCGUGAAGCCUGUCAACACGGCCAUGGCCGUACGCGUUCCUCGUGCAGUUUCACAGCGUUUGGAUGUCAUCAAGAAACGUGUUGCGAAGCCCGAGUUCAAGAAGCAGUAUGCUGCCUUCCGCGAAACUCUACCUGGUGCUGACGCCGAGAUCAUUGCUCUGGGCACAGGCUCCUCCGCGCCGUCCAAGUAUCGCAAUGUCUCGGCCACUUUGGUCCACCACCCGGGAUACGGUUACUAUCUCCUUGAUUGUGGUGAGAGCACUCUAGGUCAACUGAAGCGUGUUUUCGGACCCGAGAAGCUGCGUGAGGUUUUCCAGAACCUUCGCAUGAUCUGGAUCAGCCAUCUGCACGCCGACCACCACCUGGGCACUGUCUCUGUCAUUCGCGCUUGGUACCACGAGGUCUACGGCAAAGACGCCAAGCCUGAAGCUCACCCCGAAACAGACCUAGCAAAGAUCCUCCAGGAGAAGCGCUUGUGCGUCGUCUCAGACGAAAUGAUGAUCACCUGGCUGGAAGAGUAUGCGACAGUCGAGAACUUCGGUUUUGGCAAGGUGCUGCCCGUCUCCGCACACCCUGAAGCAUCCGGCCAAACCAUUGUCACUAGAUUCAGCUACCGCACCAAACAAGACGGUGGUCCUCCCUUCGGAGCACGCAACGCCAACAAGAUCCGCCUCGGUUUCCUCGGUGACUCCGGUCCUCUCACAUCGCUUUUCAAAUCCGCCACCGGUCUCAGCGACCUACUCACAACCCGAGUCAAACAUUGCCGCGGUGCUCUAGCCGCGUCCUUCGUUUUCCCGGAUGGAUUCAAAGUCUCCUACUCCGGCGACUGCCGGCCCUCGGAUAAAUUCGCCUCCAUCGGUGCUGGCUCAACAGUCCUAAUCCACGAAGCAACCUUCUCAAAUGACAUGGCUGGCUCAGCCCUUGCAAAGCGCCACUCAACCGCAGCCGAAGCCCUAGAAGUCGGGAAGCGAAUGAACGCCCGCUCAGUACUCCUCACCCACUUUAGCCAGCGCUACCAAAAGAUCGCCCAGAUCAAUGAAACCCCCAAAGCAAAGGGAUCAAUUCAGUUCUCGCCCUCCCGCUCAGGCGCUGAACCCCAACUCGCUGAAGCUGAUCGCGGCGGCGCUGCCCCUGAUAUCCCACUCGACGACGAUGCCGAGGCCGAACAGCCACCCUCCCGACAAUCUGCCUACGAACUCCUAGACGAUAUCGCCUUCCCCGAGCCCGGUAAACCAGGUCUCUCAGUCAAGGGCUCCCGGAUCCCAGGUCAAAAUGCCCCUGUCGCCGCGGCAAUGGAUUACAUGCGUGUCAAGGUGGGCGAUCUAAUCUACGCCCAGGCAUAUGCGCCCGCGCUGGAGAAGAUGAUCGAUGUCAUCGAGCGUGGUACGGCUGCUGAGGCUGAACUUCAGAAGAAGAAGCGCCAGUUUGAGGAGGAGACGAAGAAGGCUAAGAAGAAUAAGAAACAUUCUAAGGAGCGUGCUGCUGAGGCUGCGGCUGUUGCUGCGGCCCUUGCGGCUAGCAUUGCUGCUGAGGAGGAUGACAGUAAGAGGUCUGUUUGGAGUGCUAGUGAAAGUGAGGAUGGGUGGGAGACUAGUGAUGUUGAGGAGGAGAUGUGA